UAGGACGCAAAGCCGGGUAAACAGCCGUGAUCAAGUAGUAACUUGUCUGUACAAACACUCAUAAGUAUUCCAACGACAAUCUACCCUCAACGAGAUCGGAGCAUCGAUGGACCAGGAUCCUCCUCUCGUGGUCGACAAUGGAACUGGUUUUGUGAAAGUAGGAUUCGCAGGAUCCAACUUCCCAGAACAUGUCUUUCCCUCUAUCGUCGGGCGCCCCAUCUUGCGAGCGGAGGAGCGUGUGGGGUCAGCCGUGAUCAAGGAUAUCAUGAUCGGCGACGACGCUGCGGAGAAUCGCAAUUACCUCCAGGUCACACAACCAAUGGAGCACGGUAUAGUGCGCAACUGGGAGGACAUGAAACAUCUCUGGGACUAUACCUUUGACACGAAAUUGAAAGUCGAUCCCCGCGGACGCAAGGUUUUGCUCACGGAACCACCCAUGAACCCAAAGGCGAACAGACAACGGAUGGUGCAGGUCAUGUUUGAGGAGUAUGGCUUCCAGGGCGUCUAUGUUGCUAUACAAGCCGUCCUGACACUUUAUGCACAAGGUUUGACGACGGGUGUCGUGGUAGACUCGGGAGACGGUGUCACGCACAUCGUACCUGUCUACGAAGGCUUCGCUCUUCCACAUCUUACACGCCGUUUAGACAUCGCUGGUCGAGAUGUGACGCGAUACCUCAUCAAACUUUUACUCAUGAGAGGAUAUGCAUUCAACCGUACCGCUGAUUUCGAGACCGUGCGGGAAAUUAAAGAAAAGCUCUGUUACGUCAGUUACGACCUCGAUCUUGAUCAGCGGUUGUCAGAGGAAACCACUGUCCUUGUCGAGAGUUAUACGCUCCCAGAUGGUCGAACGAUCAAAGUUGGCUCUGAACGCUUCGAAGCGCCAGAGUGCAUGUUCCAACCUCAUCUUGUCGAUGUCGAUCAACCCGGCGUAGCAGAAAUGCUUUUCGAAACCAUUCAAAGUGCAGCCGUUGACAUUCGCCAGGAAUUGUACAAGCACAUCGUUCUUUCUGGAGGUUCAAGCAUGUACCCAGGCCUUCCAAGUCGCCUUGAGAAGGAAAUGAAACAACUUUACCUAACCCGGGUUCUUAAAAGCGACCCAUCUCGACUUAACAAAUUCAAAAUUCGUAUUGAAGAUCCCCCACGUCGAAAACAUAUGGUCUUCCUUGGUGGUGCUGUUCUAGCAGACAUCAUGAAGAACCGCGAGGAAUUCUGGAUAACUAGGGAGGAAUGGUUCGAGCAAGGCAUUCGGUCCCUUGACAAGCUCUCGCGGGGCGAGUAACGAUUACACAGUGGCUAUCAAGAGAACCGGAUUAUGAUACGCAGAUCCUGCAAUGUAAUAUUUUUUCCUGCAGACCUCUGCUGGCAUGCAAAUGAAGUCAUGACUUCGCGAAGAUAUUAUUCGUUCGA